CACCCGAGUGUCUCCAGACCAUUUAGAGUUCAGUUUCGGACAGAUUAUGGGUUUUUCCAAUUUACUUAAUGCCCCCCUCUGUAUUUUCAGCGGCGAUAACGUUUUGACCAUUAUGUCAUCCCUGCAGGACAACAGCAGGAUCCCAGCACAGAUAGCAGGUGUCUGGUGUGUAAGCAGAGAAGUUGUGGAUGAAGACACAGUGAAGGGGGAGAGGGGGGGCAGCAGGUGUGAGGAGGCGGUUCAGGUGGGAUGGGAGGAGUGAAGGGGGUAUUUAAGACAUGUCCCAGUUCUGGACCAGCAUCAGUUGCCUUUCCUCUCUUUCUCUGCAGUUUUGACCGCAAAGCCAGCACUCACCCUUCACUCAGAAUGUCUUUGCCUAACCUUGAGAAUGCCUCCACCCUGGAGAGCGCCAUGCAGCUCAUGAUCCAGACCUUCCACAAAUACUCUGGAAACGAAGGAGACAAAUACACACUGAGCCGAGCCGAGCUCAAAGAGCUGCUCACCACAGAGCUGGGCAACUACCUAGGGAAUGCCCAAGACAAAGAGGCAGUGGACAAAGUCAUGGGAGACCUGGACUCCAACAAUGAUGGAGAGGUAGACUUCACCGAGUUCAUCAUCCUGGUCGGAGCUCUCACUGUGGCCUGCAACGACUUCUUCUUAGAAUACAACGAAAAGGACCAGAAGAAGAAGUGAGGAGGCCCAGAGGAACAUGUCCACCACUCUGCAAAACACAAGCUCCAGGGAGGGAUGGUGUGAGGGAGAGCAGGGGGUGGUGAGCGGGGGGACAGGGGACCAGAGGACUCCUUCUGUGGCUCACACAAACACACACACACAAGUUGUAACUGUGCGUGUGUGUGUGUGGGUUUGUGCCCCAGCGUCAUGUAGUAUUUACCACCUGCACGCCACAACCUGGAGAGUGCUGUCACUGUCACGUGUGUGCAUAUCUCUCUUGUUGUUUUGUGUCUUUUGUAACACUUUCAAAUGCAGUACUCCCUGGAAGAAUAAAUGUGAUCUAUACUCAAA